AUGGCAUGUAGUCUAAUUAGCAAAUCAGAUUGGAACAAACGUAUUGAAUACAAACCUGGUUCUGGCAGCAUACCGUUGUUUCCCAGUAUUCAUCUAGAAACAUGUGAUGGCCCAGUUUCAUCAAUACAUACAACAAUUGAACUGCAGACCAACUACAUUGGAAAGGGCUGUGAUCGUGAAACCUACUCAGAAAAAUCUCUGCAGAAACUAUGUGGAGCAUUUUCAGGUGCCAUUGAUCUCUUACCAUCUCCCAGUGCAACAACUAACUGGACGGCUGGGCUUGUCAUGGAUAAUAAUGACAUGAUUUUUAAAUUUGAUGGAAAACAAGGAGCCAAAAUCCCAGAUGGAAUAGUCCCAAAGAAUUUAACUGAUCAAUUCACCAUCUCUCUGUGGAUGAAACACGGACCUAGCCCAGGACUAAGAGCUGAGAAGGAGACUAUUCUCUGCAAUUCUGACAAGACAGAAAUGAACCGACAUCACUAUGCCUUGUACGUGCACAACUGCCGAUUAGUGUUUCUGCUGCGUAAAGACUUUGAUCAGGCUGACACCUUCCGCCCUGCAGAGUUCCACUGGAAACUGGAUCAGAUCUGUGAUAAAGAAUGGCAUUACUAUGUUGUCAAUGUUGAGUUUCCUGUUGUUACCUUAUACAUGGAUGGAACAACAUAUGAACCUUACCUUGUGACCAAUGAUUGGCCUAUUCACCCUUCGCACAUAGCCAUGCAGCUGACAGUCGGUGCUUGCUGGCAAGGUAAUAUGGCAGUAGAAAGUGGUAUUCUGAAUUCAAGAUGGAAUUUCAUUUGUCUUGCUACUUGAAUAAUGAAAUAGUUACUAAAAGGUUUUGGUAUAAAAAGAGAUCCAGAUUAAUAAUUGAUCAAAGUUCAAGGAUGAAAACAGGUAGGACAUUAGCAAGCUUUGCAAUUCCACCAUCUAAAGAACUGUUGAAUCCAGUUAAUAUAUUUAAUAUGAAAUAUUAUCAUCUUUAUCUUUUGACUUCACUAUUUUUAAAUACUUCCCUUAAUGUCCAACUUUAAGCAAACUGUCUAAAUAGUAGUCUAAAGUGCAACUCUGCUUAUCUCCCUCUUUCAAUUUCUUCAUGAUAUUUUUGUCGUUGUUUUCACUACUUCUGGACAAAUUCUGCACUCUUCAUGUAGAAUCACAGAAUCACCAAAGUUGGAAAAGAUCUCUAAAAUCAUCCAGUCCAACCGUCCACCUAUCGCCAAUAUUUCCCACUAAACCAUGUUCAUAGUACAACAUCCAAACGCGGGACAGUGAUUCCACCACAUCAUGGUAUAUUACCAGUAAUUCCACUGAUUUAAACAAUUUACUCUGUUACAGACCAGAUAUAAAAGUGAGGAUAAAGUAGAGUCUCAUUCCAAAGCCGUACUUGUAUGAGCCUUCGCUUAAAUAUUAGUUUUUCCUGUUUUCUACCUUUUAUAUUUAUUUUUUCAUACUUU